AUGACUGCAGAAGAGAUUCUCCAAGAAAUCUACAGUAGAGCAUCAUCAGAAGGACAAUGUCAGCUGGAUGAAGGAAUUGAUAUCACUGAUAAGCUCCGACACAUCCUGGAGAAAAAGAGGUACCUGGUGGUUAUCGGUGAAAUAUCCUCCAAAACCAUCCUCAACUGUGUGAGAGCGAGCCUACCAGAGGACAAUAAUGCCAGUCGUGUUCUGCUCGUGUUGGACAGUGAGAGCGAAGAAGUGGCAUGGCAUGCUAACUCCAUGAACAAAGAUGGCAUCAACGGAAUCCACAUGUUGGGACGCUUGGAUGAAAAACGAAGUGGAGAGUUGUUCUGUUGGAGGGCUUUCAGGAAAGAAGUGUUUGAUGUAAAGGAAGACACGAGCAAGUAUGACAACAUUGUGCAUGAUAUAACUGGGGGCUACCCUUUAGCUAUAGUUCUCCUGGCUGGACUCCUACGAUUCAAGGAGAAGCCAGGCCAGUGGGAAGCAGUGUUGCAACAGCUCAGGCAUGGACCAGGAACAAGGAAAGAAGCACAAGGCGUUGAGGGCAACAAGAUGAGCUCUACAACACAAGAUAACCUAUCCACAAGAACGACCCUCGAGAGAGUGUUCUGGGAAAGCUUUGAAGACCUUCCCAAUGACCUCAAGUCGUGCUUCCUCUACUUGGUCGCCUGCCCCAAGAACACAUCAAUAGAUGUCGAUGUGAUCGUGAGGAUGUGGAUGGCCGAGGGAUUCAUCAAGCCGCAGUCGGGCAAGACUAUGGAGGAGCUGGGUUACAACUUCCUCAAGGAACUAGCCUUGAGAUGCCUUGUUCACAUUGAGAAGAUGAACCGCAUGGGCAAGAUUGAGUUAGUCAGCGUUCACCGUAGCCUCUAUCAGUUCCUGUAUUCAGAGGCUCGCGAGGCUGGAUUCAUUGAUGUUCAUGGCAUGCAUGACAUCUUUGUUCCACCAUCGGAGAAAGACCCAAGCAAUGACAGCCAAAGCAGGAACCACAAGGGUCAGAAUGAUCUCAAGUUUUUGCGUGGGUCCAAGUUCCUUCGUGUAAUCUCUGUACGUGGAUUGAGGAUUAAGGAAUUGCCCAGUGAGAUUGGCGACAUGGUUCACUUGCGGUACCUAGCUGUUACUGAGUGCGAGGACCUCAAGGAGCUCCUCUUCAGCAUUAAGGGUCUGCUCAACCUGCAGACACUAGACAUGAGAGUAACUCAAGUCGAGGAGAUACACCCAUCCUUCUGGAAGAUAAAGACGCUGCGGCAUGUGCUUGCAGACAAGCUCACACUUCCAGCGUCCAUCAAGGAAGAACUGGACGAGCUGCAGACGCUAUGGGGUGUAAAACCAGCCCUAGAAGGAGAAUGGGAUCAAGGGAGUUGCCCACUGCACAAGAUGACCAAACUCCGGACAUUGUAUCUGCACGGAUUCAAUCAAUUUAAACACGGGGCUGCACUUGAGAGUGCUCUUGGGAAGAUGAGUCUCCUUGAAAACUUGUGGCUUGACGGUGAUGAGAUCCCUUUGUGUGUUUUCACCGCACAGAGCCUUCGAUACCUUCAGACAGUAUGGCUCGGUGGCACAAUCAAAUGGCCUGAGGCUGGAUACGAUGUUCGCAAGGUCCGGCCAAACCUUGUAAGGCUCACAGUCACAGUGGUCAUGGAUAGCAGUGAGGAGGUGCCCCAGCACAUCAAGGACGAACUGCACGGGAUACUAGUAGUAAAGGUAAACGAUCUAUAG